UGGGGACACAUGGAAUGGUUUGGAUUGAAAAGAGACCUUAAAGAUGGGCUGUAAAGGAGCCCACGUGGACAUGGGGCACGGGGACAUAUGGACAGAGGGACACGGGGACAUGGGGACACAGCCAGGACGCUGUGACAAGGGGCACAUGGGCAUAAGGAUAUGGGGACACACAGACCUGGGGACACAGAGACACACAGACAUGAGGGCUCGGUGACAAGGAACACAGACAUGGGGACACAAUGUGGGGACACACAGGCAUGGGUACAUGGGGUCACAGUGACAUGAGGACACCGGGACACGGUAACACAGGGACCCACAGAUAUGCGGACAUGGAGACCCAGUGACACGGGGACAUGGUGACACAGACACUGGGUGACACCCAAACAUCCAUCCCACUGGGUGGGUUCGCCUGUCCCACUGUCCCUGCCUGGGCCCCAGCCCGAUGCGUUCAGGAACGUGACAGCACCACGGUGACAACACCGUGGUGACACGGGGACACAGCCAUGCUGCGGCUGCUGGUGGCCAGUGCCCACCUCCCGGCAGCCACGGGCGCAGGACCCGGCGUGCACGUGUACGCUCGCUUCAGAGGUGUCCCCAGGAGCACCCGGGUGGUGCCGGCGGAGCGCAGCCCCACAUGGAACGAGACUCUGGCAUGGCCGCUGGCCACACGUCCCUUGCGCCCCACGGACAGCCUGGCCCUGCGCCUGCAGCUCUGGGGACAGCCGGCACCGCAAGGGCUCCUGGGUGCCACCACGGUGCCGCUGAGCUGCCUGGCAGAGGAUCCUGGGCUGCUACUUGAUCUCGGCCAGCUCCCAUUGCGGGACACCCAGGGACAUCCCACAGGAGCCACCGUCUCUCUGCGCUGCUCCUAUGUCCCCCCCGGGCAGGUGGCAGCAGGGAAAGCUGCGUCCCAGCGGUCGGAACGAGUGGCACCGUGCCCGUCCCCACCAGGUCCCAUCCCAGCGGUGGGGACAGCCAUGGGGGUGGCACCGCGCCGCCACCCCAAACCUGCAGCAGGGAAGAAGGAGGAUUUCCAGGUGCGGGUGAGGGUCCUCGAGGGCCACCAGCUGCAGGGCAAUGCCAUCAAACCGGUGGUGACGGUCCUCAUCGGCGAGCAGCGCUUCAGGAGCAGGAUCCGCGCCGGGAACAACCCCUACUACAACGAGGUGUUUUCUCAGCAUUUCCACCUGACACCCGCACAGCUGGCAGCGGUGCCCAUCCACAUCCAGGUGCUCAACUCCAGGGCCAUCCGCGCCGACGCCAUCAUCGGCGCCUUCAAGCUGGACGUCGGCACCGUCUACAACGCACCCGGGCGCAGGCUGAGCGGGACGUGGCUGAGCUUGCAGCACCCCCGGCACCCCGAUGCUGGCUGCUGUGGGUACCUCCGUGUCAGCGCGGCCGUGCUGCGCGCCGGCGAGCCCGUGCCGGAGCGGGAGGAGGUAGCAGGGAGCCGGGAGGUGGAAGCCAACCUCUUGCAGCCCACGCUGCUCACCCCGUGCGUGGCCACGCUCCAGCUCCGCAUCUACCGCGCUGAGGAGCUGCCCCGGGAAACGGGCCAUUUUGGAUGGAAAUGGUGUAUUUUUGGGGUGGGCGAGCAUCCCCCGUGUCAUCUCCCCAGGGCCGCCCUGCCCGUGCUGCAGGCCCAGCGCCCCGACACGCGGCUGGACGCGGAGCUGCGUGCCGCCCGCCUGCUCCUGCUGCAGCACCUCGCCUCGGCCGCCACUGCCGGGCCCCCACGCCAGGCCUGGCCCGCACUGCUCCCCGAGGCCGAGGCCUGGCUAGGCCGUGUGGCCGCCCUGCAGGCCGAGCCGCAGGCCGGCGUCCCUGAUGUGUUGCUGUGGUUGCGGAGCGGGACUCGGCGCUUGGCCUGUGCCCGUGUCCCCGCACACCGCCUCGCCUGCUCGUCCCGCAGCCCCGCUGCCUGCGGGCGGCUCUGCGGCCGGACUCACACCCUGAUGCUGGGGACCCCGGGCCACCUCCAUGCCCAGCUCCGUGUCCGGAUGUGGCUGGGGCGUGUGGCCGAGAGCCAGAAGCUGCCGCAUUACCUGGAGGGCCCCCUGCAUGUCUAUGCUGAGACGUAUGAGAACCAGAUGAAGAUCCUGGGCAAAUGGACCGGACGGGCGCUCCCGGGUCACCCUGGCUUCUCCGAUGUCACCGGCAGAGCGGGGCUUCCCCGCGAGCGCAUCCAUCCCCCCAAGGGCUGGCACUGGGACGGGCCCUGGGCUGUGGAACCACCACGGUGGCUUCUGUCGGACGCUGAGGCUGGCAUGGAGGAGGUGCUGGAGGAGGUCUAUGAGAACCAGAGCCGGCAGCACGGAGGGGAAUGGGGACCUGCCACCGUGCCCAGCACUGACGUGGCCGGCACGGCGGUGCCCCCCAAGGAGGAGGUGCCAUGUCCCCAAGGCUGGCACGUCACCGAUGACUGGCGGGUGGAGGUGACAGAGGCUGUGGAUGAGGCUGGCUGGGAGUAUGGGGUGAGCGUGGCAGCCGGUGACCCCUCACCUGCGUGGCACCCCAAAGAGGAGACGUACCACACGCAGCGGCGGCGGCGAUGGCUGCGCACCCGGCGUAGGGACAGCGGUGCCCAGGAACAGGAGCAGGACACCAGAGUCUUCCUCCAGCGGCACAGCCCCGAGGCUCCUGAUAAAGCAUGGGAGUACGCGUCCCUGUGGGGCGGCUGCUUCCACCUGCAGCGCCGUGCGGGUGAUGUGUGCCGGCGGCGCUGCUGGCACCGGCGCAUGGUGCCAGAGCAGUCCUCAUCCACAGCUGCCAUCUUCCUCCUCGAGGGCACAGCGGAUGCAGAGGCGACGCCAGAGGGCAAGCAGGUGGCAGCAGCACCCAAAGGCCGGGGAUGCUCUCAGCACCCCAUGCCUGUCAUUCUCUGCACCUUCCAGAGACCCAGCUCUUUCCAGCUGCGCUGUUACCUCUUCCAAGCACUGGAGCUUAAGCCCCACAGCACCAAAGCUACAGCAGACCCAGUCGCCCACGUCUCCUUUGUACACGUCAGCCAGAGCACCCGCGUGCUGCCCGGCACUCUGGACCCGGUUUGGGAUCAGGCACUGCUCUUCCACCGGGUGCUGCUCUAUGGGGACCCCCGGGGGGUGCGGGACGAGCCCCCAGCCGUGGUGGUGGAGGUGUUCGAUCAGGAUGGAGGGGGUGCUGGCAGCUUCCUCGGGAGAAGCAUGUGCACCCCAAAAGUGUGGCUGGAUGUGGGGCGCCGGCAGCCCCCCCGGCUGCAGCGAUACGCACUGGAAGGGCCGGGGGGCCCGGCUGGGGAACUGCUGGCUGCCUUCGAGCUGCUGCAUGAGGCCGAGGACGGGGCGGUGGCACAGAUCAGCACCCCACCGUGGAGACAGGGCACCUUCAGCAUCCCCCCGGGCAUCCGGCCGGUCCUGCGGCUGAUGGCACUGGAGGUACUGGCAUGGGGGCUGCGGGGGCUCCGUGGCCGCUCCCUGCUGCCCGUGCGUGCCCCCAGCCUGGAGGUGCAGUGCGGGGGCCAGGUCCUGCGCAUCCCCCCCAUCACCGACCUCGCCACCAACCCCAAUUUCCCCAUCAACACCUUCCUGCUGACUCUGCACCUGCCAGUGGAGGAGGAGUACGUGCCCCCGAUCCGGCUGCGGGUGCUGGACACACAGGGCUUCGGGUACCGGCCCCAGCUGGGCCAGGCGUGCGUGCAGUGCCAGAUGUGGUUCUGCCGUGAGCCCGAUGGAGAGGAGCGGCUGCCCAGACCUCGUGUCCCUGCGUCCAGUCCCAAUGCCGCCGCUGCCUGGGGCAGGAUCGCUCAGAUGCUGCCCAGGGUCACUGCCGAGAAGGGGGAUGCAGGCAAGGAUGCGGAAAGGGAGGAAGAGGAUGAGGAAGAGGGCGACUGGUGGAGCAAAUUCUACAUGGCCAUGAGGGGCACGCCCAAAAGCCACCGGGGGACACACAGGGACAGCCUGAAGGUGUACAACUGCGAGCUGGAGGCGGUGCCCAAAUUCGAGGGGCUGCAGGAUUUCUGCCAGACCUUCCCGCUCUACCAGCCAGGGGAAAAGCAGGGGGACGACCCCGUGCCCGUGGGUGAGUUCAAGGGGCUGUUCUGUCUCUAUCCCCUGCCCGAGGACCCCGGGGUGCCCCCGCCACCCCGCCACUUCCAGGAGCUGCCCCCCAGCCAACCCCAGCAGUGCCUGGUGCGCGUCUACAUCGUCCGCGCCUUCGACCUGUCCCCUCGUGACCGGAACGGGCUGUGUGACCCCUACGUUCGCAUCUCGCUGGGGGCGAAGACGCUGGGCCAACGCGACCAGUAUGUGCCCAACACCGUGGAACCGGUUUUUGGCAGGAUGUUCGAGGUGACAGGCACCAUCCCGCUGGACAAGGACCUGCGGGUCUCGCUGCUGGACCACGACCUGCUGCCGCCCGACCAGGAGAUCGGCAGCACCACCAUCGACCUGGAGAACCGGCUGCUGUCCCGCUUCCGUGCCCACUGCGGGCUGCCCCGCCUGUACCGCACGUGGGUGCCCCCCAGAACAGGGAAGGGGCUUUGGGACUGGGAGUGUGGGGAAGGGGUCGGUAUGGAGGGAUGGGGACGAGGAAGAUACGGAGGGCACUGGGAUAUGGGGACAAAAAGAUGGGGACACAGACAUGGGGACAUGGAGAUGGGGAGGGCAUUAGGGGCAUGGGGACAGGGAGGUACAGGAGGAUGGGCACAAGGGUAUGGGGACAAGGGGGAUGGGGUGGGCACAGGGACAUGGAAUCUGAGAGGGCAUAGGGAUGAAGGAAGAUGGGGAAAAGGAGUAUGUGGAGGGCACAGGGUGGCGGGGAUGAGGUGGGUACAUGGGGAUGGUCUUGGGGCUGGGAAUGGGAGAUGGGAUGGGGACCGAUUGGGUACAAGGGGAUGGGCACAGGGGAAUUGGGAACAGGGAGCCCCACACCGUGCCUGCAGGGCUGGCCCUGGGCGCUGGCGGGACCAGCUGAGCCCCAGCCGGGCCCUGGAGCACCUGGCUCGCACCCGGGGGCUGCCAGCACCCGAAUUCAGCGCCGAGGGCACCGCCGUCACCUUCGGGGGCUGCACCUUCCUGCUGAGCCAUUUCGAGAGCGGUCCCCCCACGUACCACCACCCCGGGGCGCCCUGGGAGCGCCUGGCCCUGCACGUGCUGCACGCGUGGCACCUCGUCCCCGAGCACCUGGAGACCAGGACGCUGUACAACAGUGCCCAGCCAGGGCUGGAGCAGGGCAAGGUGCAGAUGUGGGUGGACAUCUUCCCCGCCAGCCUCGGCCCCCCCGGGCCCCCCGUGGACAUCACUCCCCGCAAACCCCAGAGGUACGAGCUGCGCUGCGUGGUGUGGAACACGCGCAACGUGGACGCGGGCGACAUCAGCACGGCGGGGCAGAAGAUAAGCGACAUCUACAUCACCGGCUGGCUGGAUGGGCUGGAGGAGCAGAAGCAGAGGACGGAUGUGCACUACCGCGCGCUGCAGGGCGACGGCAGCUUCAACUGGCGCUUCGUCUUCCCCUUCCAGUACCUGGUGGCCGAGCGGCGCUGCGUGCUGCCCCGCAAGGAGCAUUUCUGGAGCCUGGAUGAGACCGUGCUGAAGCUGCCCCCGAAGCUCAUCCUCCAAGUGUGGGACAACGACAAAUUUUCGGCCGACGAUUUUUUGGGAGUCCUGGAGCUGGAGCUCACCCGGCUGCCCCAUCCAGCCCGGCGGCCGCAGGACUGCGCCCUAAAACCACGGCCGAGCCCCUGGCCCUGGGGGAGGACGCAAGGACCCCCCCACUUCUCCCUGUUCCGGCAGAAGCAGGCGCGGGGAUGGUGGCCCUGCACGGUGCACGAGGGCGGCACGCAGCGCCUGUCGGGCAAGCUGGAGCUGAGCCUGGAGCUGCUCAAUGAGAAAGAGGCAGAAGAGAGACCAGCGGGGAAAGGCCGGGAGGAACCCAACACGUACCCAACCCUGCAGCCCCCCGUGCGGCCGGACUCAUCCUUCCUGUGGCUGUGGGCCCCGCUGCGUGCCCUGCGCUACGCGGUCUGGCAGCGGCACCGCUGCCGCAUCACCGCGACCCUGGCCCUGCUGCUGCUGCUCCUCCUGCUCCUCAGCUUCAUCUACUCCGCCCCGGGUUACAUGGCCAUGAAGCUGGUGAACCCGCUGCAGGGGCUGCACCUCUUUGGUGCUGGCAGCAAACACUGAGGGGCCACAGGACAGCCCGGGUCCAUCAGCAAGGACAGGGAGCGCCGAG